AGAUUUUUGUAUUACUCAAGGUUUAUUUCCGGCUGAUAGACACCCCGCUUGGUUAACCCUCUGCCUACGAUCUGGUAUUUGCGAAAUGGCGAGAAAUACAAAUGCGGACACGGGACUGAGUAAAACUUUGUCUUGGCUACUGCGUCAUGGCGCCGUGAAAGAGGGGUUGAACGUGGGUAGCGAUGGGUUUUUGGACGUGCAGGAGGUGGUGGCACAUUCAUCGAUGAAGCGACGGAAGUGCUCGGAAGCAGACAUUCUAAGAGUGGUUGCGAACGACCAGAAAGGUCGCUAUGUGACCAAACGCGAGGAAGCUAGCGGGCGAUUUCUGAUCAAAGCCACCCAAGGGCAUUCGUUCCAAGUGGACGACCUAAGUCUACGCGAAAUCUCAGAAGCAAGCGACUUGCCGCGGGCUAUUCAUGGGACGUAUAUGCGCUUCUGGGAUAAGAUCAAAGUCGAGGGCCUGAAACGGAUGAACCGUUACCACAUACACUUCACGUCCUCCGAGGUCCCAGUUAACAGCCGAACCCCUUUGCAUGGUCAGGUCACCAGUGGAUUCCGGAACAACUGCGAUCUUCUGAUAUACGUGGAUGUCCCGGAAGCCAUGCGGGCCGGGGUAAAGUUCUAUUUGUCGGAGAACAACGUUAUCUUGACGUCCGGACUAGAUGGCACUCUGCCGCCGAGGUUUCUCCUGAAAGCUGUUAACCGCCGCACGGGGCAGCUGCUCCACCCACCAGCCGCCAACUAAUCGACAAUUUUUUCCUCAU